AUGUGCACGGUUGAUGAAUCUCGAGGAAGUCCAAAUGAAAGUGACCAUUUAGUGCUAGUGGAUCAUGGGGAUAGCAGUGAACAAAGAGACAAAAUGAGAGAAGAUAUAUUCGACGAUAGGUAUUUCGGACGCCUGCCGGUGAAUGAGGCAGCAGAAGAGCUGCUAGCGCUGGCAAAGAUCGCAUGCCCCAUAAUACUGACGAGUCUACUGUUGUUCUCGAGGUCCAUUAUUACGACGUUCUUCAUGGGUCAUUUCGGGCAAAGUGAGUUAGCUGGGAGCUCUCUGGGAAUGGGGUUUGGAAAUGUCUCAGGCAUCUCACUCAUGAAAGGCCUAUCCGUGGGAAUGGAACCAAUCUGCUGCCAAGCUUACGGAGCCAAGAAAAUGUCAGUAAUCAGUCAAACCUACGUAAAGACUAUAUUUCUCCUAUUUCUUGUAUGCAUCCCCAUCAUAUUAUUAUGGCUGAACAUAGAACCCAUCUUCCUUCUGCUAGGUCAGGACCCAGGUGUUACAAAAAUAGCUAAGGUUUACAUGGUUUUCUCCAUUCCUGAUUUAUUAGGACAAGCUAACCUCUUUCCUUUGAGGAUCUUCUUGAGAACCCAAGGCGUAACCACACCCCUUACAAUAGUUGCCAUUUGCGCAACAAUCCUUCACCUCCCAAUCAUCUAUUUUCUAGCCGUUUACUUGAAAUUAGGGACCAAAGGUGUGGCCUUGGCCUCUGGUUGGUACACCAUCAACAUUAACCUGGGCUUGUUAGGUUACCUUCUGCUGUCAAAAACCCCUUUAAAACCUUGGAAUGGGCCUACAAUUCUCACUCUUUUUCAGGGCUGGCGGCCAUUGCUGGCCCUAGCACUGCCCAGCGCCUGUUCAGUGUGCUUGGAGUGGUGGUGGUACGAGAUAAUGCUCUUCCUGUGUGGCUUACUCAGCAACCCAGAGGCUAGCUUGGCGGCAAUGGGCAUCAUCAUUCAAACAACAGGGUUGUUGUAUGUGUUUCCAUAUUCACUGGGCUUGGGCUUAACAACAAGAAUCGGCCACAGAUUGGGUGCCGGCCAACCUUUGCGUGCCCAAUUGACAUCCAUAGUCGGCCUAGUUGUGGCAGUUGCUUGGGGAUUCUCAGCUUUUGCUUUGAUGGUAGCUGUGAAAUCUGUGUGGGGAAAGCUGUUCACCAAUGAGUCGCAGGUUCUUGUGCUGCUCUCAGCUGCACUUCCGAUUGUGGGGCUCUGUGAAAUCGGAAACUCCCCCCAGACAGCGGCCUGUGGAGUCUUAACAGGUUCCGCACGUCCCACUGUUGGUGCUCGCGUAAAUUUCAUCACAUUUUACCUCAUUGGAUUGCCGAUUGCGGUUCUCAUGGGAUUCAAAUUCAAAAUUGGUUUCCAGGGCUUGCUGUUUGGGCUAGUCGCAGCGCAAGGCUCCUGCAUGUGUAUGAUGGUGUACACACUGAUGCAAACUGACUGGAAGCACCAAACUAAGAGGGCAGAGGAGCUGACUCGAGCUGCAGGAGAGAUGGAUGACCUGGAAGCCACCCUACUUGAAUGAUCUCCCUGCCGGCCGGUCCCCACAAUUAAAUUGACUUCCAUGGAGGUUAACUACAAUACAUACACAGAGUGUCAAAUAUCCCUUUCAUUGAGAGAUUGCAGGGUUAUUGAUGUUCUCUAACAGCAUACAACGGGAGAAACUAACAAUAACUCUCUGUUACCGAUAAUUGAAUCCCUUACUAACUCAUGUAGGAAAGCCAGAAGAGCCUUCUUUUUAUUCGAAGGUGCAGGAAAGGCAGAAGCCCAGAAGCCCAGCGCCACGCUCUACAUACAAUGCCCAAGUCCAAAAUCGCUAAGUAAAAGACAGCCAUUUCUUUGAACUCUCCUGUAGAGAGUUUGGUUUUGUGGAAACAAAAGCUAACAAACCAUGUGUAUAGAGAAGCCAACC